AGUGCGAUGAGUCUUCUGCGGUCCUGCCUCCUGGUGGCUGCUGUAGGUAUCCUAGGCACAGCGACUCCUCAUCCCAGGACUCCCUCUCUGCAUCGUCUCACCAGGCAGCUCUUACGGCAGUAUCACAAGGAUGUCAGGCCAGUUUACAACUCGGCUGAGGCCACCACUGUCUACCUGGACCUAUGUGUCCAUGCUGUAUUGGAUGUGGACGUACAGAAUCAAAAAUUAAAGACGAGCGUGUGGUACCAAGAGGUUUGGAAUGAUAAGUUUUUAUCCUGGAACUCUAGCCUGUUUGAUGACAUUCAAGAACUCUCUCUCCCUCUCAGUGCCAUCUGGGCCCCCGACAUCAUCAUCAAUGAGUUUGUGGACCUUGAAAGAUCUCCCGACCUUCCCUAUGUGUAUGUGAACUCUUCUGGAACCAUUAGUAACCACAAGCCCAUCCAGGUGGUCUCCGCAUGCAGUUUGCAGACGUACGCCUUUCCCUUUGACAUCCAGAACUGCAGCCUUACCUUCCACAGCAUUCUGCACACAGUGGAAGACAUAGACCUGGGCUUUCUGAGGACUAAAGAAGACAUUGAGAAUGACAAAAGGUCAUUUCUGAAUGACAGUGAGUGGCAACUGCUCUCAGUGUCUUCCACAUACCACAUCCUGAGGAACAGCGCUGGAAACUUCGCACAGAUUCAAUUUAACGUGGUGAUUCGCAGAUGCCCAUUGGCCUAUGUUGUGAGCCUCUUGAUUCCUAGCAUCUUCCUGAUGCUCGUGGACCUGGGGAGCUUCUACCUGCCCCCCAACUGCCGUGCAAGAAUUAUAUUCAAGACCAAUGUGUUGGUGGGCUACACAGUCUUCAGGGUCAACAUGUCUGACGAAGUGCCGAGGAGCACAGGGUGUACGUCUCUGAUUGGGGUCUUCUUUACCGUCUGCAUGGCCCUCUUGGUUCUCAGUUUAUCCAAGUCCAUCUUGUUGAUCAAAUUCCUCCACGAGGAGCGACACAGUGGGCAAGAACGGCCUCUUCUUUGCCUUCGAGGAGACCCUGACGUGGAUGAGUCUAGAUUGCACCUGUGGGCUCCAAGUGCUGAGACAACAGAGUCCCCUGUCCACCAGGAGCACCUGGUUCAGUCGGGUUCUCUGCAGGAAGUCUGGCUCCAGCUCCAAUCCAUCAACAACUCUCUCCGAACUCGGGAGCAGGUUUACCAAAAGGAGGUGGAUUGGCUGGCCAUCCUGUACCACUUUGAUCAGCUGCUCUUCCGAAUCUACCUCGCUGUGCUGGGGCUCUAUACUGUCACCUUGUGCACUCUCUGGGCACUGUGGAGCAGAAUAUAA